AUGGGUUUUAACAGUGAUAAUCUCUUUCGUGAACGUGAUGGAUUUGGACAUCAUCAUCAUCAUCACCAUCAUCAUGGUCACCCGGGAGGAUAUGGAGGUUUUGGUGGAUAUCCGGUAAAUGGAUAUGGGUAUCCAGGGGGCUAUGCUGCUGGUUAUCCAAUGAACGGAUAUGGUCAGAACUAUGGGUAUGGUUAUCGAUGGUAA